AUGGAUAAUGAAACCACAGUUCCUUACUUCCUGCUCCUGGAAUUCUCAAAAGAUCGGCAUCUGCAGCUUCUACACUUCUACUUAUUCUUCAUAUUAUACCUGGCAACUGCUACAGCAAAUCUUCUCAUCAUCUCUGUAGUAGCUUUUGACCAUCAACUGCAUAGGCCCAUGUACUUCUUUCUAGUGAAUUUGGCUGUGCAGGACCUGGGCAUUGUUUCAGUCAUUCUCCCCAAAUCCAUGAUUAAUUCCCUCAUGGGCAGCAGAAACAUCUCUUAUUUUGGUUGUGUUGCUCAAGUCUUUCUCUUUAUCUCCUUCGAAGCUUCUGAUUUCUCCCUCCUGACAGUCAUGGCCUAUGAUCGAUAUGUUGCCAUUUGCAAUCCACUGCACUAUGAGAUGGUGAUGAAUUGGAAAGCCUGCACCAAAAUUGUGAUUCUGGUGGGGGUUACAGGUCUUCUCUAUGGAAUGUUGCAUACCACCGGAACCUUUUCCAUCCCUUUCUGUUCUAAUGUUGUCAACCAGUUUUUCUGUGAAAUCCCACAAUUACUAAAGCUGCCUUGCUCUGGCUUCAAUCUACUUGAAGCUGGCGUUCUUGUAGCCAGUUUCACUGGAGGAUUAGGUUGUUUUAUGUUGAUCGUUGGGUCUUACGUCAUGAUCUUCAAGGCAGUGUUGAGAAUCCCUUCAGUGAAAGGAAGGCAGAAGGCCUUUUCUACCUGUCUUCCCCACUUUAUAAUCUUUUCCAUGUUUUUGGUAACUUCAUGCCUGGCCUACCUGAGACCUCCCUCUAACACCCCAACUUACUUAGAUGUAGCAUUCACCGUCCUUUAUUCCUUACUUCCACCCCUGAUCAAUCCAAUCAUCUAUAGCAUGAGAAAUAAGAAUAUUAAACUUGUCCUGUCUAAAAUGUGGCGGUUCUGA